UCCCGAUCAGAUGUUCGUGCAUAUGUCGAGAUCCACUCUCUCGUCAAUUCCAUCCCACUUCUGAAGCUUUCCAAGACAAGUUCAACAUUGCCACAAGCUCAAACGAGUUAUUCUCUUCAAUAUAAUCGUACUGAUCACAACCCGCCGAAAACUCCAUUUCUAUCCUAAUGUCUUAAGCAAUUCAAGAGCCAAGUGUUAUCAUGACCAUCAACGAUCCGCCUGAUAACAUUUUUAUCCGUUUCAAGAAUCACAUCGACGACAAGAUCUACCGAGGUUUUCAGACCAUUCUCACAUUGCCGGUACAUAUGGGGAACCGCGAGCGAGAAAUGGAUAACAGUCCAACCAACAACUACGGUAUUGUUCCCAAGCAAUGGGAGCCCGUGGGUCCCCCAUCAGAUUCGAGCACACCAAGUCCGGACGAUACGAGAGGCGCCGAAGUAAAAGACGUCUACCAUUGGGCUAUCUCAUCUCCGUAUUCUCCUCUAAAUCUCCAAUACUUACGGCAACCUCGUCCCGCCGAUGCGCCUCGGGAUUAUCCAGAUUGCUUCACCUUCCGGGACGCAUUUGAGGAUCUCUUAGCAGCGAAUUCUGGAAAACCUCUAUCUGACCUGCGCAGACUUGUAUUCUCCAAACACUUUGAGCAUGUCCGGUACUUUCCCUGGGGGAUGUCCGUCGAAAACUGGGUUGCCGGCGUUGGACUUCGCGGCCUUUGGGGCGCUUACUUCCGCCUCUCCCCAUCGGCUAAGCGUGAUUUGUCCUACGGUAUAAUCUCUCCUUGGAGGAGUCUACAGAUAGGAGAAACGACGUUUCAUCAAUCGCCCGUAUCGGUGUGGCCUAGCAUGAUCUUCCCGCCUUGGGAGCAUCGCCAGCCGUGGCGAUACGGCGAUCCGAUCGGAUCUGAAGAAAAGCCAGCCGAGCGCGGAGUCGAAACCGCGCACCCCCAGGAAGCGGACACAGAAUAUGAUUUAUACGAAGCUGCGCGUUCCGGGCCUGCUACGGAUAAUAAGGUAGUAGAGACAAAUACUUCUCAAGGACUAAGUAAUCAAACGAGAUCGAGCCGGGCUACUGAUUCCCAGGAUUCUAAUGACGGGACCGUAACCCGUACGACUGAAACACCAGAUGGCGGUAAGAUCGUAGAGACCAUCGAACAGCACGCCUCAAAAUUCGGGAAAAGAGUCAAUACUGUCACGAAACGAUUUGAUUCUGCUGGCGAGCUGGUCUCUACAAACCGGACAAGCAGCUGGUCAUGGUCUUAUCAGUCCCCAGACCCGUCUUCAAGAUCCUUUGAUGAUGACGAGCCAGAUUCAGAUGAUGAGGAUGCAGAUUGGCCCGACGACAAGGAGGGAAGGUCUACUAGAGAGGAUCACAAGUCUAAAGGUUGGUUUUGGAAAUAGCUUCAACUUUGAACGUGUCCCACUUUAUAAUGAGAUGCAGUGAGCAUCACCUCUCCCUUCCAAGCAUACACCCUCAUAUAGGUAUAUAUACCCACGCAACUCGUUUAAGAACGCCCGUGGUACGUACAUA